GGUAAUCCAAAAUGCUACUCACCUCUACCUGUGAUCCUUUUCCUAACAAUGCUUGUCUUGGUCUUGUUUGGUUAUGGGGUCCUAAGCCCCAGAAGCCUAAUGCCAGGAAGCCUGGAACUGGAGGCACAAGAUGGAGUCUUGCUCUGUCACCAGGCUGGAGUACAACGGUGUGAUCUCUGCUCACUGCAACCUCUGCCCCCCAGGUUCAAGCAAUUCUCCUGCCUCAGCCUCCUGAGUAGCUGGGAUUACAGGUUCCUGUCAUCAUGCCCAGCUAAGUUUUGUAUUUUUAGUAGAGACAGGGUUUCAACAUCUCGGCCAGGCUGAUCUUGAACUCCUGACCUUGUGAUUCAUCCACCUUGGUCUCCCAAAGUGCUGAAAUUACAGGCAUCAGCUACUGUGCCCAGCCAAAUACACUUAACAUGAAAUUUGCCAUCUGAAUCAUUUUUAAGUCUUCAGUACUGCUAAGUCCAUUCACAUCGCUGUGCGGCCAUCACCACCAUCCCUCUCCAGGACUCUUUUCGUCUUGCAGAACUGAAGCUCCAUCCCCAUGAAAUAAAAACUCUGGUGUCCCUUCCCCCAGCUCUCCUGAUACUCACCAUUGCAUGGUCUGUGGCUUGGCUCUGAGGCUGACCACUGCAGCUACCUUUUAUAAGUGGAUUCCGCAGUCACUGAAAUUUUUUUUUUUUUUUUUUAAGACAGUCUUCCUGUCACCCAGACUGGAGUGCAGUGGCACAAUCUCCGUUCACUGCAAACUUCUGCCUCCCGGGUUCCAGCAAUUCUCCUGCCUCAGCCUCCUGAGUAGCUGGGAUGGCAGGCACAUGUCACCACACCUGGCUAAUUUUUAUAUUUUUAGUAGAGACAGGGUUUCACCAUGUUGGUCAGGCUGGUCUCAAACUCCCGACCUCAUGAUCUGCCCACCUCGGCCUCUCAAAGUGCUGGGAUUAUAGGCAUGAGCCACUGUGCCUGGCCGGUAGCUGUCUUUUUAUGACGAGCUUAAUUCACUGAGCAUGAUGUCCUCACAGUCCAUCCAGGCUGUAGCAAGUGUCAGAAUUUCCUUCCUAUUUUGGCUGAUUCCCUGCUUUUAAAGGCCAUCACAGGACAUUAAAAGUGUGGGCAUUACCAAGUGUGGGAGCUCAUACCUGUAAUCCCAGCACUUUGAGAGACCAAGGUGGGCAGAUCACCUGAGGUCAGGAGUUCGAGACCAGCCUGGCCAACCUGGUGAAAUGCUGUCUUUACUAAAAAUACAAAAAUUAGUGGUGUGGUGGGGAGUACCUGUAAUCCCAGCUACUCGGGAGACUGAGGCAGGAGAAUCACUUGAUUCUGGGAGGCGGAGAUUGCAGUGAGGCGAGGUCGCACCACUUCACUCCGGCCUGGGCAACAAGAGUGAGACUCUGUCUCAAAAAAACAAAUUGUGGCCAUUACUGACAGUUAAAAUGGCCUCGGCUCAUGUCUCCUCUCCAGUACUUUAGGUAGGACAUCACUGUGGCCCGCACGUCCCUCAGGCUGUGUGACACCUGUCAGUGCUUUGUGUCACUGUCGGAGCAGGUGUUACUCCCUGACUUCUCAGAGAGGAAGCCGGGCUGUGGACGCCACCAGCCCACAAGGAGGCCCAGCAGGCUUCAGGCCCAGGUGGGGGCGUCUGCACGUCUCAGGCCCUUUCCCUGGGAAUGACCAGAGACAGGGGCUACACAUGCAGCCUCCUCUCUGCCUACAGUGUAUUAAGACAGGACCUCUUACGUCACUCCCAGCCUUAAGCCAAGUGGAAAGCAAUGGGCCUCAGGUCACUUCGUCCGUCUCCCCAGUCUACAAGUGCUGAAUCGAAGACUCUGAGCUUUGGCCCUGCCCCGGGGUCCUGUGGUUGUGGGCUGACACAGCCCGGAGCAGCCACAGCGAUUCCAGCCUGGGAGUGCGGCCUUAGUGGAGGGUGCACGCCCCCUGCCUACAUGCAGCCCACGCUUCCCAUGCAAACUCCAAACUCACGGGAUGGCACUUUGUGCUUGCAGGAUGGUCUACCCCCAGCCAAAGAUUUUGACACCCUGUAGGAAAGAUGUCCUUGUGCUGACCCCUUGGCUGGCUCCCAUCAUAUGGGAGGGCACCUUCAACAUCGACAUUCUCAAUCAGCAGUUCAGGCUCCGGAACAUCAGCAUCGGGCUAACUGUGUUUGCCAUCAAGAAAUACGUGGCCUUCGUGAAGCUGUUCCUGGAGACGGCGGAGAAGCACUUCAUGGUGGGCCACCGGGUCCACUACUACAUCUUCACCGACCAGGCAGCCGCGGUGCCGCACGUGGCGCUGGGGGCGGGCCGGCAGCUGUCGGUGCUCGAGGUGCGCGCCUACCAGCGCUGGCAGGACGUGUCCAUGCGCCGCAUGGAGAUGAUCAGCGACUUCUGCGAGCGGCGCUUCCUCCGCGAGGUGGAUUACCUGGUGUGCACGGACGUGGACAUGAAGUUCAGUGACCACGUGGGCGUGGAGAUCCUGUCCCCGCUGUUCGGCACCCUGCAUCCCGCCUUCUAUGGAAGCAGCCGGGAGGCCUUCACCUAUGAGCGCCGGCCCCAGUCCCAGGCCUACAUCCCCAGGGACGAGGGAGAUUUCUACUACCUGGGGGGGUUCUUCGGGGGGUCAGUGCCAGAGGUGCAGCGGCUUACCAGGGCCUGCCACCAGGCUAUGAUGAUGGACCAGGCCAAUGGCAUCGAGGCCGUGUGGCACGACGAGAGCCACCUGAACAAGUACCUGCUGCGCCACAAACCCACCAAGGUGCUAUCCCCCGAGUACCUGUGGGACCAGCAACUGCUGGGCUGGCCCCCCCUCCUGAAGAAGCUGAGGUUUGUGGCGGUACCCAAGAACCACCAGGCAAUCCGGAACCCAUGAGCGGGUGGGCUCUGGGAGGGUUGGCAGCCCCAUCUCCCUCCCACCCUUGGUUUUAGAAGAAUGGAUAAAGUCCGCUUCUUUUUUC